AAGGCACCUCCUAAAUUUAUAAGGAGCUUAAACACUAAGAAAAAUUCAACUUGUUUCCUGCAAUGACAAGUUCUAAACAGCUUGAAGUUCAAUCAGAAGAUCGAACUCCACAGAAAUGGUGCGUUUCAUUGAGGGAAGAUAAGUUUGAAGCAUUUCUCUCCCAAGGCAACCCAACAGUGAGGAAGGUUUUUGGUGAUGGGUCACUGUUCAGCCCCUUCUUGUUCAGAAAAUUCUUUGAUCCUUCUGAUGCCUUCCCUCUAUGGGAGUUUGAGUCUGAUAUUUUGCUGUCUCAUCUUCGGAGUUCCGGUCAGACCACGGUCGAUUGGCUCCAGACAGAUAAAGACUAUGUACUAAAAGCAGAACUACCAGGAGUUGGGAAAAAUAGUGUUCAAGUCUAUGUGGAAAAUGGGAAAGUUGUGGAGAUUAGUGGACUAUGGAGGCAUCAAAAGGAGCCCAAGACAAAGGAAUGGAGAAGUGGGCAUUGGUGGGAACAUGGAUAUGUCCGGAGGCUUGAGCUGCCGGAAAAUGCAGAUUGGAAGAGGAUUGAGGCCAGUGUGAAGGAUGAAAUAUAUUUGGAGAUUAGAAUUCCCAAGUGUGAUAUCCCUCAUGGAAAGGAAGAGGGAGCUGAAGAUUCUGAAUAAGGUAGAGGUUGCAAUGAAUGACAAACACUGCGUAAGGCCAUGUACUACUAUGAUGAAAUGUUCAUGUGAUCAAAACACAUGGCAUGGAACAUAUAUUAUAUGACCAAAUGUUCAUAUAUAUACCGAGCUUUUCUGCUAUUAUAGUAUAUAUAAUCCUAAAGAUCUAGCACUA